AUGGAGUGGCCACGAGGUCCCAGGUUUGCUGAACACCAGCACGUCGACCGUGGUAAUACGGUAAACUUCAUUUCUGACGACGAGAAUGACGACGACGACGGCGAUAUGGAGAGGGUCAGCCACCCAGACUACCGCAACCACCACCUCGACCAAAGCCGCAUCAUGUUCCGGCAUCCGCACGACCAGCUUCCCGAUGCCGUAGCCACCCAUCUCGAUCAUAUGGCCUCUAUAAUGCGUCAGAUGCCUGAGCUCUCCCCCGAGGUUGUGGUCGAGGCUGUCUACGAACUAGAAAGGCUUGAGGGAUAUGCCGGACUCGACGGACAUGUUCCUAAUUACUGCUACAGCCUGGCCAUUGACAACAACGUCGCUCAGCUCUAUAUUGCGUGGGGAGUCAAGGAGGAUGGAGUACGAGGGACUUUAUACGCCUCCACCAGUGGGUGGCAGCCAUCCUCGAUUGGGGACAAGGAGCACGCCUGA